UUACCUGUUGUGGAAGAGGGAGAGACGUCGGAAUGCUCGUCGUCGUUUAUGGAUUCAUGACACCAUUCAGAGCCGUACAGAGCUCGGUGAAUUUCACCGUCUUCUGCAGGAGCUCCGUCUGGAUGGCGAACGCUUCCAGCGCUAUUUGAGGCUGACUCCAGCCCAGUUUGAUGACCUGCUAGCUAGGAUCGGUGCUAGGAUCUCUCGGUUGGACACCAACUACAGGCGCUCCAUCUCAGCUUCGGAGCGCCUGUCCAUCUGUCUCCGAUACCUAGCCACUGGGGACUCCUACAGGACCAUUGCAAAUAGUUUCCGUGUUGGGAUCUCCACUGUCUCCAGCAUUGUCCCUGAUGUUGCCACUGCAAUAUGGGACUCUCUGGUGGAGGAGUUCAUGGCUGUGCCCAGCACAGAUGAGUGGAAGUCCAUUGCAGGGAGGUUUGAGGAGCGGUGGAAUUUUCCUCUUUGCUGUGGAGCAUUAGAUGGGAAGCAUGUGGUCAUCAAAGCCCCUGCUCACUCAGGAUCCCAGUUCUACAAUUACAAGGGAACUUUCUCUCUUGUUCUCUUGGCGGUUGUAGACGUGGAAUAUUGUUUCCGGGUGAUUGAUGUUGGGGGGUACAGAAGAACCAGCGAUGGUGGGAUUCUGGCCAAUUCUGCUUUUGGUGCAGCCCUUCAGUCUGGCACCCUCCAACUGCCUGCCGACCUGCCACUACCAGGAGCUGACCACCGAGGACCACAGCCACAUGUCUUCGUGGCUGAUGAGGCCUUUCCACUGCGGAAAAACCUCAUGAGGCCAUUCCCUGGUCGCAACCUGGCAAGAGAGCGCCGGGUUUUCAAUUACCGUCUGUCCCGAGCUCGGAUGGUUGUGGAGAAUGCCUUUGGGAUCCUUUCUUCCCAGUGGAGGGUCUACAGGCGUGCCUUCGAGGUCAACGUUGAGGUUGCGGAGAAGUGUGUGAAGGCUACCUGUAUUCUCCACAACUUCAUGCGGAGGACCACCCCCCCAAGUGCAUUGAGGGGGAACAUCCCAGUUGGCGAGGUGGACCCACUGCCAGGUCUACGGAGAGUUGCUGCCAACAACUCAGCGAGGGAAGCCAUCAGGAUUCGGGAGGCCUUCAAGUCCUACUUCUCCGCUGAGGGAACCGUCCCAUGGCAAGACAACGUGUAGCGCACCAGCACACCCAAAACGGCUCUUUUAAGAGCCACCCACACAUUACUAUUGAGCAAACUUCCUGAAAUUACUUUAUUGACAGUGAUCUUCUGACUUAAUGAAGAAUGUCUCCUUAACAUACAACAGUAAUAUGCCAUUAUUAACUAAGUUUGUUAAUGUUAGUUUAUAUUUUGUAAUCAGGUAACUGUGACAGUCCUGAGCCGUCUUGCUUCCCUUCUGCUGGCCUCUGUUCUUCUUCCAGGGAAGCUGAUUGGCUGGCCACCUCAUUGAGGGAUUGAACUCACCUGCAGGAGGCCGAAGAAGCAGAAGAUGGGGGAAAUCCAACAUGGCGCUCUCGCUCUCCCACCUGGAAGGCUGGUGCUGCCUUGGCACCCAACUGGGUUUUGUUUGGGGCUGUUAUUCUAGCCCUUUAGCAUACUUAUAGUUUAGUUUAACUGUAAACACAACUCUACACUACAGAAUGCUGAUUUGUGGUUUUUUUCGAGUUACUAAAUAAAUGUGACAUUCAUUUAACUGUUGCUGCGUGGACCUCCCGUUCUUGGUUGUGCUCUUCAACGAGCAGGGCACAACAUAACUGACAAAAAUACCUUAAACAAAGUUGCUUGGACCCCAAAAUCUGUGGCACAAAAUAAUUUGCAACAUUUCCCUCAAGCAACAUAAAUGGCCAUUCAAUAAAGAUUAUGAAGACACAUUUUUGGUAUAAAAAAUAAUUUAUUGGUGUGUGUGCGUGUGUGUGCGUAAACAAAAAAAACAAACAAAAUGGGCAUGGAUCAUUCCCUGCAACGAUUGUCACCCCAGAACCUAUUCAUCGACUGGUCCAAAUUGAUUGAUCAAAUUAAACUCUACUGGAUUAUGAACGCAGUUUGCAUCAUGCAAUCAUUUAUAAAUUUGGAAUUUAAUUUGUUCCUUUGCAUUGGGUGGCAAUCGCUGCAGGGAAGGAAGUAUUGUUUUUAAAAAGUGCUCAUCCUCUGAGAGGAUGAGAGGCUCAGGUGGAGGCACAGGUGCGGCCUGCUUCCUCAGCACCUCAAGGAGUAAGGCCUCGAUCUCCGCCUCCCUUCUUCUGAAUUGUGACCUCACUGUUUCAAAUGGAAACAACAUUUUUGGGUCAGGUAACAGACAAAAAUACAUUCAACAUGAAAGGCUAUGAGUACAUAACUAGUCAUACUCAUAACAUACCAUAGGGACCCUUAUGACCACAUAAAACGAAGUGUAGCAUAAAAUAAAUGUAAUUUCUCUCAUGUUAAAUGACAUACCUGGGGCAAUAGGAGGAGUGGUGACAGCAGCAGUUGGUGGUGGUGGUGGAAUGGGUUCAGAGGCAGCAGCAGCCUCCGGCUCCUCACAGCUUAGAUCUUGAGGUGACAAGAGGUAGUUAUCAAUCUAUAGAACAAAUCAUGCUGUGUAUGGGCGUGCAUGUGUGUCUUCGCUUAUCGACCAACCUCCUAGGUCACUCGCUGUCCCUGCUGCUGCCUCUGAACCCUGGUCCUCGAUUGGGUACUCUGCAAUCCUGUCUACCUCGACCCCCAGCACCAUAUUGCUACUGGUCUCCCUCAGAGUAACAAAUGGGCCGAGGAAAGACAGGAUUGCAGAGUACUUCCAAGUCUUCAACGGGCCUGCUGCUGACCCACUCCUCUUUCCUGCCUCCUCCCUGCGUCUCACCCUGAGGUACGUGUCCCUCAGGACCUUCCACCGUCGUCGGCAUUCCUCCUCUGACAAGAAAAAAGCCUGCGCUGUGUAAUUCGAACUGAACUGUUAAUAAUAAUAAUAAUACAUUUAAUUUAGAGGCGCCUUUCAAGACACCCAAGGUCACCUUACAGAGCAUAUAGUCAUCAUAAAUCAUUUUUAAAAAAAAAACAAGACAUUAAAUAAAUAAAA